UUCUCCUAAAAUCCAUAAACAAUGCAUCGCUAAAAUCUAUCAACAGUCCACCGAACGUCGCCAAAACCCUAGCCCUUUCUGCAAUCCUCAAAAUUUGAAAAGCUCUGCAGCUGGAUUCAUGACCUAAAAGCGCGCGUGGUUGAUUGGUUAUUCGGUGUGAGGCUAUUCUGGAGUAGGAAGCUUAGUAUCGGCCAUCAGAAAUGGAGCCGACGGAGAAGGAGGUAGAGGUUCGGCUGAGGGAGUUGGGCGUGAGGCUCGCCUCUCCUCCUACGGAUAUCGACGAACUACUUCGUAUUCUCGAUCAAACUGAAAUCUAUCUUUCAAGGGUGGAACAAUCUCCAUCAUCCUCAAUGUCUGAUGCAUUGGGCCCUGUAAUGAAUUCAUUGAUCACCAAAGAGUUUUUAAACCACACAAAGGCAGAUGUUAAGGUUUUUGUUGCAGCUUGCAUCCAUGAAAUCAUUAGAGUAACUGCUCCUGAUGCUCCAUAUAAUGAUGUUUUGAUGAAGGAGAUAUUUGCAAUGAUUGUUGAUGCUUUUGAUAAAUUGGAUGAUAUGUCGGGAUGCUCAUAUUCCAAGAGAGUUACUAUUCUUGAAAUUAUGGCAAAAGUUAACUCUUGUGUUGUAAUGUUGGAUCUUGAAUGUGAUGAUCUUAUUCUACACAUGUUCAAAUAUUUCCUGAAAAGCAUAAGGCCAGACCACCCUACUAAUGUAUUUUCUUCUAUGGAGGCCAUCAUGACACUCAUAUUGGAAGAGAGUGAAGAUAUCUCCCUGGAACUUCUCGUUUGCUUGCUGUCUAAUGUUCAGAAGUCAACAAAGGGCGUUAUACCUGUUGCAUGCAGACUAGCUGAGAAGGUAAUUAGCAAUUGUUUGAUGAAGUUGAAACCUUACAUUUUGGUUGCCGUGCAAUCAAUGGGUACCUGCUUGGAUGAUUUUGGUGACAUUAUUGCUUCUAUCUGCAAAGAUAGUUUUGUUACACCUGAACAUAAUAAGGCGGAUGACAACAAAUUAUCGGAAAGGACAGUUUCUGAUGAAUUGGGUCAGGAAUCUGAGAAGCUGGACAAACCUGUAAGUUGUCUUGUUGAGGUAGGCACUCUUGCUGAUACAACUAUAAAGGUGCUUAGCAAUGGUGUCAUGCCAUUAGGAAAUGGACAUGCGGUUAUAGAACCAAUUUAUCCAGAACUUGAGCUUGAAAGUUCUAUGUCCAAUGAGCAAUGUAAAAAUGUAGUCCCCAUAGGUGAAACUAAUAGUCUAAGCUCCAUUACUGAAAAACCUGCUAAUGAGAUAAAUUUUCAGUAUAUAGAAGCAAAAUCAUCUUCUGUUCAGUUGACAGAUGCUAUUGAUAGUUCUCCGGUAGGUGGUGAUAAGGAAACUUCUACUCCAACUAGUCAGAGAGAUGGACUGAACGGGCAAGCUAAAAUUUUGAAAUCAGACCGUGUGCCUGUUAUGGUGCCAGAAACUAAAGUGCACUUGGAGUCUGAAACGGAUGCUGAACUUCAGCUACUUGCGGGCCUAGUGGAUGCUAUUCCAUGUUUUGAUUCAGCUGCCCCUGCUUAUAGUUCUCCUGUCAGUGGUCUUCCUUCACAUUUUAGUGAAAUGAAAAGCAUUUCACAUAAACCUGCCUCUCUGGCAUGUAAGGAAAUAGUUUCUGAAAUUACUACAAUGGAGAAGGAAGGUCCAACGGCUGUAGUUUAUGAGCAUGAAGAUCAAAGUGUUGCCAGUAUUUCUGAUGGAAAACCAUUACAGGAUUCUAAGAUGUCACUUGCAGAAAAUGCUAUGACUGAAGUUGCUGCAGUUGGUAUCAGUGAUGGCCAGUGUUUGAGGAAACAACAAAAGGAAGCUGCAAGUGUUGUUGCUGAUGCAAAUACUUUCGAAAACCAGCGGGUGUCCAAUCUCAAAAAGCCAAAGGCUGAAGAUGUGGCUGACAGGGAUUCCUCUGCAGAACCUUGUCUGAAGGCUCCAACGGAAGCAAACAAUGAUCAAAAUAAUUGGGUGAAGCUCGCUAGAGGAAGUCCAACGAAGAAGCGUCAAAGAAAAGCCUCUCGAUUAUUUAGCAUGCAUUUGGAUAAUAUUGGUCGUAAGAUAGAAGUGUGGUGGCCUGAUGAUGAGAGGUUCUACACAGGUGUUAUUGAUGCUUUUGAUCCUGUAACAAAGAAGCACAGGGUGGUGUAUGAUGAUGGGGAUGCUGAGAUUUUAUUUUUGAGGAAUGAGCGCUGGAAUUAUAUUGAUUCCAAGAAUUUUGAAAAGGGACAGGAAAAUGAUAUUGCAUGCCCAGAAUCUUCUUCACAAAUGCCAAACAAGCGAAAAGCAAGUACAAGAAAAAGGAACACGGCCAGAGAUGGGAAAUCUGAGGAAUCUGGAGAUCAAAAUUCAACAUUUAAACCAAGAGGCAGCCCCAGACAUACAACUUCAGAACUAGAUCCUUCCCUGUAUGAUAAAACCUCGGAAAGUUUAGUCGAUGAGGAAACCAAGUUUGAUACAGAUAAGAAUUAUUCUACUAAGUUUAAAUUGAACCGAAGGUUCAAACGAAAGAACAUUUCAACAUCGGGUGGUACCGAAUCUGUUAUGAGAUCUACGGAUGGGUCUGAAGGUGACUCUUUUGGAAGAAAAUUAAAGAUUUUUGAUAAGGAUGAAGGAACUGAAUCUGAUUCUCAUAAAAUAAAUUCUCCUUUAGAUGAGAACUUUAGAAGUUGGAGGAAAUCAGCAUUAAAGUUUAGGGUUAAGUUUAGUAGAAUUUUGCAUGAGGAAGCACUGAAAUCUCCUAACAAUGGUGAUAAGGGAACCAUUACUGAAUCCUCUGAAACAAACAAUGGUUUAAUAGCUGAUACUGAUGAAGAAUUAAAGUUGAACCAAUUGUCCGCCCAUGGUGUUUCCAAUUCAAUCAUGUCUCAUAUUGGUGCUCCAACGACAGCAAACAUUGAUCAAAAUAUUUUGGUGAAGUUUGAUAGAGGAAGUCCAACAAAGAAGCGUCACAGAAAGGCCUCUCGAUUAUCUAGCAUGCAUUUGGAUAAUAUUGGCCGUAAGAUAGAAGUGUGGUGGCCUGAUGAUGAGAGGUUCUACACAGGUGUUAUUGAUGCUUUUGAUCCUGUAACAAAGAAGCACAGGGUGGUGUAUGAUGAUGGGGAUGCUGAGAUUUUAUUUUUGAGGAAUGAGCGCUGGAAUUAUAUUGAUUCCAAGAAUUUUGAAAAGGGACAGGAAAAUGAUAUUGCAUGCCCAGAACGUUCUUCACAAAUGCCAAAAAAGCGAAAAGCAAGUUCAGCAAAAAGGAAUGCGGCGAGAGAAAGGUCAGUCGGAACCCCCUUAUUUAUUGCGUUAUUUUAUUUGUACAUUUACAUAUAUACCAUCUAAUUCCUAUGUAUUUUACACA